AUGUUUGAAAUGCAUGAAGAACAAAAUAAUGAAAAUAUUGCUUAAAUCCAAGAUUCAAAUCAGCUUAGAUUAUCAAAAAGACAAUCAUUCAAAUCAGAUACAAUUCUUUAAUGGAAUUCUUUGUAAGAGAAUCUAUAAUUGCAAUAUAAUUUGUUAAAUAAGGGUACUUUGUGGCAAUUGAAAAUUAGAAAAUGAAACCAAGAAUGAACGUAUUUCGAUUCUACUGAAUACUACAGAGAAGUAUUACCAGACAUAACUUCGAUAUAAAGACUUACGUAGAAUGUACAAUCAAUAAUAAGCAAAUAAUUAUCAUCUAAAACAAUGUUUAUUAGGAUACAAAUUUGAAAAUUAUCAUACAGAAAUACAAAAAUUCUUAUUUUUAUUAAUGGAAAAUCAAGAACUAUUUGCAUAAUUAAUUCAUUCAUCUUUGGAUGUUGGUGUUCAUAAUUUAGAUGAAUUUAUAUUUGAUAUUUUAACAUUUUUAUAUGAUCCAAUUAUAGGUGCUGGUCUUUAAGAAGGUGUUUUUAAAUUAUUAAGUGAACUCUUAAAAUUAGAAUUGACAAUCCUUAAGAAUCCAUUAGAAUUGUUUUAGGAUAAAUCUAAUUUAGUUUGCAAAUUCCUUAUAGGAUUUUGUAAAGGACCAUUAUGUUAAUCAUAUAUACAAUAAGUAUGUGGAUAAGCAUUAAAUUUACUAAUGAAUGUAAAAGAAGAGUUAGAAUUGAAUCCAAAUAUGUAAAAUUUAAUAUAAAUAUAAAUUAUAGAAUUUAUGAAUCAUAGUUAAAAUUUAAAGAAAGUAAAGAAUCUGCAAAACUUUUGAAAUUAAAACAAGAGACUAAAGUAAGAAAACUAAUGACUAAUCUUUUACCAAUUUUAAUGCAAGGAACAGAAGAAAAUAAAGAUAUUAAUGUAUAUGAGAAUGUUAGAAGAACAAAUAUACCUGAUGAUAUACUAAAUAAAAUUACAGAAUAAAUUACUCCUACAAUUCAAUCAUAUUGCCAAACUCCAUUAUAGAGAAUAAUGGAUCCAUAAUUAUUAGAGGAAACUGUUAAAAUAUUAUAUGAUAGACAAAAAGUGACAGAGAUGAUCAUUAACUCUAUAUGUGACAACAUUUUAAACAGUUUACAUAAUUUACCUUUUAUAAUAAGAGCUUUAUGCAGAUUGUAAUAUCAAAUAUUUAAAGUUCAUUAUUAAUAAUAUACAUAAGAAGAAUUAUUUAAUUUUUUGAUUUAAUUUUUCAUUAAUAAAUGGAUAUUACCUGAGUUUACGGCUAUGUUUAUAAAUCAAUAAUAAUUAGAACCAUCUUAAUAUUAAACUAGCAAUAUUACAGCUAUAAGUAAAAUAUUAUUAUCUGUUUGGAAAGGAGAAACAAUAAAAGGUCUAAAUAUAUCUUUAACAAAUGUUGCUGUUUUUAAUUAUUUCAAAGAAUUAAUUGAUUUACCUUAAACAUAGUUGAAUUUUUAUAUCAAAGAAAAAUCUGAAAAACAUUUCAUUUCUUAUUUACUUUCUAUCUCAGAUUUAUAAAUUUUAUUAAAUACAAUAUCAAAAUCAAGAAUAGAAGGCUCAUUAGGUGGCAAAUAAUUAACUAGAUAUACAGAUUUAAGGGAAUUAGCAGAUAGUAUAAUGAGAUAUAAUUAAAAAAUGGGAAAUGAUUUUAUGAGUAAUAAUGUAUAAUGGAAAGGAUAGAAAGUACUUGCAAGUAAUAUGCAUUUUACUGUACAUAGAUUAUCUGAUCUUUAUAAUGUUAAUUAUAUAGAUAUAGCUUUUAAAUUCACAGAGAAAUUUAGUGCAUAAGAUAAAGAAGAGUUAUUGUUUAUUUCAAAGGCAAAAUAAGUUGUAGCAUAAUUUUUAAUUUCUAUUGAAAGUAUAUCUCUUUUGACAAAAUUGAGAAAUAAUAUUAUCUUAAGUUUUGACAACCUCAUUUAUAUGUAUAAAGAUGUAAUUUAUAUAUAUAUAAUUUAGUCAUAUGAAAAUAAGGGUCAAAUAAUUAAAUAAUAUGAGAAUAUUUCACCCUAAUUAUAUGCAAACUAUUUGCUUUCAAUUUAUAAAAUGAUUCCAAAUCAAUAUACUAGCAAUAAUCUUUCUCUGUUAUGUCAAGAAAUGAUAUAAGAAUUCGAUUAGAAAGUUACUUAUGCUAAAAAUCGUAAGUUCUCUUUGUUUCUUAUUUAGAAUAAAAGGCUAUGUUAGAAGUUUUCUUGAAAAUAAUUACGCAACUUCAAACUGAAAGAAGUGAAAUUAAAGCUUUGAAUAAAUAGCUAAAAACUAUAGAAUUAAAAAAAAAAUUGAACUAUUUUUUAAAAAAUGUCAAAAUACCAUGUUUAUUGAGUUUCAGAUAUGGAUAAAUCAAUUUGAUUCCAAUAUAAGAUAUAUCCAAAAUCAAAUCAUUAGAUCCAAAAGAUAAUGAAAAAUAAUCAUUCUUAUAGAUUGCUAAUGGAGAAGAUCUAAAUUCAUUAUAAUUGGAAUUACCAUUUUCAAGUAUAAGAGACUUUAUAGAUAUAUUGAGUGGACUUAAUCAUUUAAAAUUUGCCUUAGAAGGAGAUAAUGUUUAUAUAGAGAUGUAAUAUUUAUUUUAUAUAGUAUUCUAGAGUAUAAAAACUAUUUUAAAAUUAUAUGAAAUUAGUAGAAGAAAAGUUAGAACAAUAAUCUUUUUUUCCAUAAAAUUAGAAUAUAAAAAAGAAUAAUCAAUAUAUUGAUUUAUGUUAUGAAACAGCAGAAAAAUCUGUUGUACGUAGAAUAAUGAUGAAAUAUUGUACAGUUAAUGAAAUUAAAGAGGAUAAAUCAUUUAUUGAGUAAUGUCAAAAGAAAUUAAAACAUCUUGAAGAAUAAUAGGAGGUUAAAAUUUGUUUAUCAGAAUUGCCUAUGUUAUAAAAAAUGAGUGAAUGUAUUUAAUAAUAUAAAUCUAAAUUAGCUUUCAGAUAGAUUGAUUAAGUAAUAACUCCUAUUGAGAAAUUACAAAUGAUUUCUAAUUGUUUGAGUAACUUAUCCUUAUUAUUGAAAAUAUCUGGAAUUGAUGAUAAUCCUGGUUAAGAUGGAACUCUACCAGUUUUUAUAUAUUUAGUUGCUUAAGCAUGUCCUAAAUUUAUGAAAACCAAUUUGAAUAUAACACAAUCUUUAUUCAAUUUUGAUAGAUGGAAGAAUUCCACUUAUCCAUUUUCAUCAACAUAAUUAUAAGGAGCAUAUGAAAAUAUUAUGAGUUGA